UACUACAGUGCCAGCAAAAUAGCCACUGCCUUAAUUUUACAUUUCCUGAUAUCAUAUAUCCUUCUUUAAAAACGUAUUUAAACUUUGGGUAUGCAGGGAAAUGUAGAAUCCUUGGUUAGAUGAACUGUCAAAUCACUAUUAGGUUAGGUAAACUACCCUCCUUUAAGAGUAGACUAGUCCGACAGAUAACCAAUCUUUUUGUCUGCAAGACUAGACUACCUCCACAGGAGGGUGGUAUACCCUAAUAAUGACUUCACGAUUCAACUUAAACAAGCAAGCUAACCAAGGAUUCUACCUUUCCCUGCACAUACCCGUAGCCAGGGGGGGUUCGGGGGGUUCGGACGAACCCCCCCUUGAAAACAAAUAAGCACUGUUAAAGUCGAUGUUUUGUUCGAAUUAUGACUGUUAAAGUCGAGUUUGUGAGUCAAACGAACCCCCCUUUGGAAAUUCCUGGCUACGGGCCUGCCUGCACAUUCAAUGAUUCAGAAAUCGGCUGUAAAGGUAAAACUGGUUAUGCACUAUAGGUCAAGAUAUAAAAAGUUCUUUAUAUGAAAGCAAAAAAAAACAACUUUAAAAUGCCGACAUAUGCCGAAAAGUAGCUCCUGAGGGGUUACGAUAAGAUUUCCUGCUUAAUUCUAGAGACAUGGAAGUGAGUAAAAAUUUCAUACUCCUUCUGUAGGUCUGUGUAUUGAUAUUUUUUAGAGUGAAAUAAUAUCAAAACAUUAAAAAAUAUGGGUCAACUUAAGGAUUUUGCUAAAACAUCCACUGAGCCUUUACUACAUUAAUUGAUAUCUCGAUAAAUUAUUUAUCCAUGAUGAUGAUGUACUGGUAUUUUUAAAACAUAAAAGUCAUAUUCCCAAAAAACCUUGAGCUUGGACACAGACUCAUAUUUUUUUUAAAAUUUGGUUGAUUAUAUAGGGAAUCACUGAAACAUGAUCGAACAUUUAUUAAAACUUCUGGAUCCACCACUGGGUCACAUAAGUUGCACCCUAGAUACUUUACUUGAGUAUGUCAAUAUUUGUUUUUUAUUUCCCUUUUGUCUCAAUUAUAAGCACUUAUUUUAGCAUACAACAUGAAUAUAAUAAACAAACAUCAUAGGAUUUCUUUACAGUGUUGUAAACCUGGAGAUAUUAUAAAUAUUAAAGGAAGUCUAAGUUUUCUGUUUGAAUUCUUUCAUUAAAUAAUCACUGCAUUUUUAUUUAAUUUUGUAUUAUUAACAGCUCAACUGCAGGCUAGGGGCCAUUUUCCAUUUAUUAUGACUUUUUCCUUUGUUACAACUUUCAACAGUAAAAAGUGAGGAUUAAAAAAAUCACUUUUUCUAAAAACGUAUUUAAACUUUGGGUGUUCAGCUGAAUUUUGUAUCAGACAUAAUCUUAGACUUGUCUCUGAAUAUCCUGAUGAUGUUAAAUUCAACCAUCAUUUUUUCAUUCUGAUUCAAACAUUUGAAUUGUGAUUGCAUCAUGUUAAAUGGGAACUUGUGUGUUUUUCAGUAUUAAAUGGCAUACAAAUGUGCAUAUACCAGUGUAAAUAGUUUUAAUUAAUUUCUCUCUUUCCCUCAUUUUGAAAUUAUUAUCCACUCAUCUUGAAAGUUGUGAGAAAACUUAAUUUAUUUAACAAUAUUUCAUUAUUGUACAUGCAAAUGUAUAUAAAUGUGAUUUUCUUCAAAAUUUUUGUGACAUGAAUACAUGUAUUACACUUUUUCAUCCUCCUUUACAGCAUAGCAAAGAGAUUCCACUCAAAGUUUUUAGUGGCAAUAGAAUGAUAAGAAAAGGAAUAAUGGCUUCUUCAUAUAGUGAUUUAAUUGAAAAAUGUAAGGAGAAAUUCAUGGUUGACAGCAAUAUAAUUAGAUUGGUAUUAGAUGCUGAUGGAGUUGAAGUGGACCACGACUUCUUUAGAACUUUGGAAGGAAACACCCUACUGAUGUUACUGACAGAAGACGAGCAAUGGAUGCCUGCAGACAAUAAUUUCACUCAGAAUGUGGAUAGACAACCGUCACAUGAAAGAGUUACUUUAAAAUCAGAAGAGGAAAAGAUGAUUGCAAUGAUAGACAAGUUAAAAGAAAAAGUGAAGAAAAGGAAACUAGAACCUGCAAGACUUGAUAGGGAGCUGAACAACACACCUAGUAGCAGUAACUUAAAAUUUCAUUGUGGCUGGAAGCAUUUCUCCUUUGCAUCAAAUGUAUAUAAACAAGUCAAAGUCAAUUCAAGAAAACUCAAAGUAACUGAAUGUGUUAACCAAGUGAUAUAUGUUAAACAAAAUGCAACGUAUGACGAGGUAAUUCAGAAGCUAACUGAUAAAUAUUACCCUUGUGGCAGAAGCAAGAAAGGGCCUUUACAUAAAAUGACUCUGAACUUGGGAAGUUUCACUGAAACCAUUAAUCCAGAAAAAUUUUCGGCUUUAAAAUAUUACAAUGACAGAAAAACUUCAGAGGCAAGAAUUUACCUUUUGUCUAAGGAAAAGAUACAUGACAUGCUUGCCAUCACAGACUCAGAAUCUGAUGAAUUGGAAGACUUUUCUCUAUUUCCUGGGAUACCAACAACAUCAGCCAAGUCCUCACCAGACCCUGAAUCAAGAACACUAGGAAAGCCUAUGGGAUCUUCUCCAGUCAUUGUUCCUAGUAGACCAUCUAUACUAGGAACACCCAUAGGUGCUUAUGGUGGAACAUCCAUAGGUGCUACUGUUGGAACACCCAUAGGUGCUACUGUUGCAACACCCAUAGGUGCUUUUGGUGGAACACCCAUAGAUGCUACUGUUGGAACACCCAUAGGUGCUUUUGGUGGAACACCCAUAGAUGCUACUGUUGGAACACCCAUAAGUGCUUUUGGUGGAACACCCAUAGGUGCUUUUGGUGGAACACCCAUAGAUGCUACUGUUGGAACACCCAUAAGUGCUUUUGGUGGAACACCCAUAGGUGCUUUUGGUGGAACACCCAUAGAUGCUACUGUUGGAACACCAAUAGGUGCUACUGACCCAACACCAAGUGCAUCGUUGACAACCAAACGUAUUGUAUUUCAUGCUGAUACCCCCACAGUUACAUUCUCAUAUGACAGACGUUGUCAGAUCUGUGUCGAUCGGGAAAGGGAUUCAUACCUGUCACCAUGCGGUCACACAUUUUGUCUCGUCUGUGCGUUGCAAGUUGAAGAGAUGGGGCAAAACUGUCCAUCCUGUAGGGGAGAAAUUGACAAAGUGUGUUCCAUUUUUCUAUAACUUAAGUUAUUAUUCAUGUUGAUAGAUUGUACUUUUUUGUAAUAAGAGUGUACAUUUAUUUAAAAUGUUUGAUGUUUACAAGUUGUAGACAAACAUAUAUGCUGGUUCAAAGGAUGAGGUAGAAAGAUAGCAAAUGUUUUUGUUUGUUUUUUUCAAAUUUGGAAAAUGAGCAGUUUCAUUCAUGUUUGGGAAUGGGAAAUAUUGAGCACAUUCAAGAACCUGGAAGAUAUUGAAAUGAAAUAUCAAACACAUAGUGUUCGUUACCAAGGGCAUUCUUUACUUCAAGGGCCAAAACAUUGAAUAAUUUUUUCAGUUUUCAUAAUUUUGUGUUUUUUCCUUCCUCCAAACAGUUUGUACUAUGUGAAAUAGCAUAUAGAUUUGUUAAAUAUCUGUAUUUGAUGCAAGCAUAUGACAUUUAUGGUAUACACUUAUAUAAUUUGAUUAAAUGAACUUAAGUAUAUUAAAGGUAAAUUAUGACUUGAUUUUACUUCGUAGUGUAUAAUGUUAAAAAAAUACUUUUCACGAAAUUCAGUAUUAAUGACUAUUCUUUAAUUCACAAAAAAAUAUGUUAUUAUUAGAAAAUUGACAGAAAUUGUAGUCAGUGUAUAGUGUCCAUAACCAUCAGAAAUCCAGUAAACAAGUGCAUUUUAAAGAAUUGUCUUUUCAGAAAUUAAUUUUUUAAUCAUUCCUUUAGUGCAUAUCACUUGUUCUGUGUAGAUAUUUUUAUUUUAAAGAUUUGAAAUGACUUCCUUAGUCCUGUCAAUGUCAAUAUGUCUUGUUUGUUUUCAUUGAAAUAACUUUAAUUAUAUAAAUACAUUUACAAUCUAGCAGCAUUCUGGUAUUAAAAAUGUCAAGAUUAAUAGAACAAUACAUUAAUUUGAUAUCUUACUUUUGAAAAAUGAUUCUUAAUGAUUUACUUUUGAGCUCAUUCUAGAUACCAUUUUGUAAGAGACCCAUUAUCUACAGUGAUUUAUAUUCCCAUGAAUAAUAGGUAUAAUCCUGAUGAUUUUGAUGGGUUACAUGUAUGUAUACUAAAUCACUCAUUUUAAGAGCUGUGCAGUAAUUAUAACAUUCCUAUUUUUUACUUUGCAAGAAAAAGGGUGUAAAUUUGUAAAAUGUGAAAGAUUUUUUGGUUUUUGCAUUUUGUUAUUUAGUUGUAAAACAAUCAUGUUUAUGUUCAACACUUAUGAUAGGUCAUAAGUAUUUAAGAGGUUAUAUUUACAAGUAGUGUCUGUAACCAGCACUUACCUUACUGGUUACAAAGGAUAAUUUAAACAACUUUUCAUUGUUUUUCCCAAUUAACAAAUGAGUUUUACAAAUUUCAUGCAUUAUUUAUUUAGGAUCACAAAUGGUUUGUCUAUUAUGCUAACAUUUUUUACCUCAAGUGCAACACUACUGUCCCCUUUAUUGUGUUUUACCCAAAUAUAUCAGUUGGUUACUAAUAGUUCCAUCAUACACAACAGAUGUUCUAUGUUAUGAACUUUCAGUCUGUUGGUCAUGACCUCGUUUUAAUAGUAAGUGACUAAAAAAAAAAGUUGUUCGUUGCAUUGUUAAUUUUUCUAUUAUUGUGAGUAAUAAGAUGUAUUUGUGGUAUCUUGGAAAAUCCUUGUGUCUGUAAAGACAGCUUUCACAUUGCCUCAUUUCAUGGAUCUGUGAACAAGUUUAGUUUUCAUGGAUCUAGUCCAUAUAUUUAGUAUAUGGAAUGGUUGUAAGGUGUACUGCAUGCAGGGGUCGAAUUUAAGCUUUUUGUGUACUGGCCAGCCGGACCAGUGGACUGAAAAUCAACUGGUCCGGCUCCAAAUCUACUGGUCCUGCUAAAAUGACAUGCAUUUGACAACUUUAUCAACUGUAAUACUUAGUAUCCCCGUAAUUGAUGUCACAGGUAAAUUGUUUUGUUAACAAACUGAGAUUGCGAAGCAAUCAGAGAUUUUUAUUGGCUAUUUUCUACUGGUCCGCCAGAUCACCAGCUGACAAAAUCUACUGGUCCGACGCAAAUUCUACUAGUCUCCGACCACCGGACCAGCGCUAAUUUCGACCCCUGACUGCAUGUCUACUAGUGUUGUCUGACCUUGACCUCAUUUUCAUGUUUAAGUGGCAGAAGUUAAUUUUUUGUGGUUUGGUUUAGUUUUGAGAUACUAAGCAGUCAUUAUAUGAUAUUUGGUUAAUGGAAUGUUUUUUAAGGUGUACACAUGUUUGUUUAGCAGUAAUCGUCUGACCUUGACCUCAUUUUUAUGGUUCAUUCAUCAAAAGUAAUCUUAUUUGGUUAACAUAAUGAGUUAUAUUUAGAUGGCAUCUGCACUUCACCUUAUUUUAAUGAUUUACUCUGGUCAAUGUUAAAUUUCUCUCUGGUAUGGUCUUUUUUUCAGAUGCAAGAAUACAUGAAUAUUUACAUAUAUACAUUAUAUUUGGUGUAUGUAAUAAUUUUAAGGUGUGUUUGUCUGUCUAGGCAGUUGCCUUCUGACCUUUACUAAUAUUUUUUUGCAGUGAAAGGCAGGGUUCAACACAUCACAACUAUCAAACUUGGGUUGUUUUUUUUCUAGCCUCUUGAUUACAUGAAACUGGAAAAGACAUUACUUGCUUUGGUGGUAUUACAUCUUUAAGUGAAAAAUUAUAUCUAGUAUAUUGAAUAUUUGUAAGUUGUCUGUCUCAUAACUUUCAUCUUGCCUUGACCUAUGCUUUAUUUAGCAAUUCAGUUUUCUGGAAUAAGUUUUUUUUUUCAAUGAUACUUGAACAUUAGGUUAACUAAAUUUUGAAUGAUUUUACAUAUAAAACCUACAUGUCUGCCUAAAAGGGUAAAUCUCACUUUGACUCCAUGUUCAUAGAUAAUUAAAAUGAUAAUGUAAUGCUUUGUUUUGAACACUUAUACAGACAAAAAAUCGGUGUGUCCACUCUUGUUACAUUGUAUAUAUAAACUGUCAACUUUGUUAAUUGAUUACAAUAUUUGUUUUUGUUAUAUUUACAUAAUGCAAGGUAUGCAAGCAUUGUUCUGUGAUUUUUUUAUAGGCUGACUGCUAAAAAUUUGCAUUCUUUUAUGGCCAUCAUGUUGUUAAUGUUGUCUGUAGACAAUUGGUUACAUCAAGCUUGGAAAAGCAUUUAAUUAUUUACAUUUAAUCACUUUUUUAAAACAUUUAUAUGCUGCAAAGUCUGCGUGAUUUUUAUAC